AUGGUUGUGGUCUCCAGUGGGCUCUUGUUUGUUGUGACAAUCCUUCUGAUCCAGACGAUUCGAACGAAUGAUCAUCAAAAACCGGGAGUGCAUCGACACAAAAAUCGCAAAUCGUCAACAAACACAACAAUCAUGCUGACUGUAAUUAUAGUAAUUUAUAUGCUGGCACGCGCGCCGUCGACGUUGCUCAUAAUUCUUGCCAAAACGAUGGAUUACAUGACAGUCCCACAAAUGGCUUUCGAAAUCAUCAAUAACGUUUAUUUACGGGUGUUCGCAAAUAUCACAGUAAUCAGCCUACAUCCGAUAUCAUUCGCAAUUUAUAUGUUCAUGUCGCGAAAAUUUCGCAUUUCAUUGCGGCGAUUGUUAGGAUGGCGAUUUCUUGCUUCCGACGAGGAAUUCAACGCGUUCACCUCAAGCACGCGUCUGAAUCGCAAAAUGUCGUUCAUGGAUCAGGAUAUAUGUGGUGUGAAAUUGAGCAACUCAUCAUCGUUUCACAUAAGGCACGCAAAUGUGCGGACGAGUCAACGCGGAGCAUCGUUUGAGCACAAAAUUACAUUUGAGACGAUUCCGCGACGGUCUCGACGCGCCACUACCGCAGAUGCAAUUUCGUGA